AUGAAGCUUUCCCUCGUUACUCUUCUAUCUGCCAGUGCUCUUGUCUCUGCAGCUCCUUUUGCGGAGCCGGAGCCAGAGCCAGUCCUCGAAGACCGGCAGGCGGCGCAGAGCAUCCACGAUGCUAUGGUUGCGAAGGGUAGGAAAUACUUCGGUACCUGCACGGAUCCUAAUCGCCUGAGCACUGGAUCAAACUCGGCGAUCAUCAAGGCCAACUUCGGCCAGGUCACCCCAGAGAAUAGCAUGAAAUGGGAUCAGACCGAAACCUCACGCGGUAGCUUCAAGUUCACUACCGCCGACGAGACUGUAAAGUUCGCCACCGACAACAAGAAGUUGAUCCGUGGACACACCACCGUAUGGCAUUCUCAGCUGCCCGGGUGGGUAUCAAGUAUCAAUGAUAAGGCGACAUUGACUACUGUCAUUCAGAACCACGUUACCACCCUAUUGACCCGAUGGAAAGGUCAGAUAUACGCGUGGGACGUCUUGAAUGAGAUUUUUGCGGAAAAUGGGAAUUUUCGUUCCAGCGUCUUCUACAAUGUAUUGGGCGAGUCGUUUGUUAAAAUAGCUUUUGAGGCGGCCAGGAAGGCCGAUCCUGAUGCGAAGCUAUACAUAAACGACUACAACCUCGACACUGCCUCGUACGCUAAAACACAGGGCAUGAUUCGCAAUGUCAAGAACUGGAUCUCGCAAGGCAUCCCUAUCGAUGGUAUCGGUUCGCAGGGUCACUUGACAGCUGGCCAGGGUGCCAACGCCCCCGGCGCCAUGGCCGCUCUCUGCGCUGCUGCUCCUGAAUGCGCGCUUACUGAGGUCGAUAUCCAGAAUGCCCAGGCUUCUGACUGGACCAACGUUGUCAAAGCGUGCUUGAACCAGGCCAACUGCGUCGGCAUCACCGUCUGGGGCGUUCGCGACAGCGACUCGUGGAGGCCUUCCGGUAACCCACUACUGUUCGACUCUGGCUACAAGGCCAAGUCUUCCUACAAUACUGUGUUGGCGGCCCUGCAAUAA